AUGUCGCAAAAUAAUCGCCGCAAGGGCCACAUCCCAGGGACCCUAGUCUUAAACUGGAAAUCCGGAGAGGCACCUAACGGCAAAUCAUCGACCAGAAGACCCAUGACUGCCUGCGAGGCAUGUCGCACAGCUAAAGUCAAAUGCGAUGCACAACGAGAUUGCAGUCGCUGUAAAUUGCGCGGCUUGGGGUGUCGCUAUAUCACCCGUGGCUCGGUAGCGAACAAUGAGCCCAGGCUGGAUUUUGCGGGUUGUAGCCAAGCAAGCCCCGUACAAGAAGCAGUUCAUGGGCUUUCUGACCCCUCCAGCAACAUUGAUUCUGGGUUCCUGGAUGACCUGUCUUUACACAAUGCGUCGAAGGCAAUGGAAUGGGGGGAAGAUGCGUUCAAUAAAGCCCUUGAACAGUUCGACUGGGUAUUUCCCGAUGACAACAUAGAUACAUCUGAUCUGCAUAGGGAGAAUCUUCUGGAGGACCCGAUCUGUAUUCCCGAAAAUUACGAUCAAAGUCCGAAUACUUUAGCUCUCCCCGACUUAGUCUCGCUGCCUUCAGUAUCAAGUCACGAAAAUACCUCGGCGUGCCAGUGUAGGAUGGAUCUUAUCGCGCAUGUGCCACUUUUAGAAGACAUCAUGCAAGAAAAGCCCAAGCCACGCUUAGAUGCAAUGCUCAAAGUCACCGAGGAUGUCACUGCGAGCUGCCAGUCUGCCAUCAACUGCAAACGAUGCAAGAUCGGGCCUGUGGAUCUUGUUUGUAUUGUGACAGUGUUCCAGCAAACCGCUGCAUGCUUCGAUCACAUUGCGAAGUCAAGCCUCGAUGGCAGUAUGAAAGUCGGCGUCGGCAGCUAUGAGGUUUCUCUGACGGACGAUAUUACGUUCAAGCGCAUGCUGGUCAUGAACCAUAUCAAGCAAGCCAACACAUUAUUGGAUUCAAUGAACAUCUUCUGCCAAAAUCUGUGCUUGUCGCAAGAUGGUCUGCCGCGCAACGUGAUGAAUCGCUCUCCAGCCUGCCUCAACCAACUCAAUUUGAAUUAUGUCAGGGAGGUUACUACAAAUUUCCGGACUUUCUUUCGGUUGAUAACAGACGUGUUUGAAGAGUGA